CGUCGCAUUCAACAGGAACCGGAAGCCGUUUUGUUUAUACGCGGUUACGUCCUGUUGGUCUCAGCUUCUGUAUUUUGCGUCUGUUGCGGUGAAACUUCUGCGUUAAACUCCGCGUCCGUCGCGUUCUGGGGUCAAACGGACGCGGACGCACGUGUCCCCGAGGCCGACGGGUUCCACGGAGACGCGCCGGAAGUCCCGCUGCUCGCCUGUAGCAUUAGCAUGUCGCAUUAGCCUGGAGCGAUGACCGCGGACAGAGUUUUUCUCUCUGCGUAUCUCGACUGUUGACUCAACCCGGAGAUCCUCGUCAUGUCGAGCGAGACCGCGACCGCGACGAACCCGGAGGAGAAUGGCCCCUCGUCCGACCCGAACGAGCACGACUACGCUCACUCCGUGGACAGCGGCUCUGCUCCCACGGAGGCGCCCUCCUUCUCCGGUACACCAGCGGGUGACAGCGGAGUCACUGCGGGGGAAGGCUUCACUGCCCCGGCCGAGCAGGAGCAGGGCACCCCGCUGCAGCCCGCUGCCUCUCUGCCGGUAGAGCUCCCCGAACCGGCCGUGGGUGCGGAGGUGGACUGUCCCGUGGGGAACUAUGUGGAAGCGACCUCUCUCCUGGCCCAGACCGCCUCCCCGGCCCCGCAGCGCGGCAGCCGCCGGCGGAGCGUGUGGCCGGAGGACAGCAACUGCUCCUGCUGCAAGUCUCUGUUCGAGCGCCACGGCCGCAGCUUCAACCGCCGGGCGGUGCACACCUUCACCUCCCCGGAGACCGUGCACUGGGUCUUCCCGGACACGGUGGUGCAAGACCGGUCCUUCCUCUGCGAGACAUGUGCGCAGGUCAUCCGGAGCAAAUGCAAACGCAAACAAGUCGGGAAGCGGUCAGUGUGGCUGAAACCACCGGACACCAAACAGCAGUCAGACGGCAGAGACAAGAAGAAGAAAGGCCGCAGGAUGGGGAAGAAGAGCAAAGCGGCGCAGCUGGUGAGCAAGUCCUGCUACAAGGCGGCUUUCAAGAUGCUCUGGUCUGCUAAAGGCGCCCGCAAGCCCAUGAUGGACUUCUGGUGUAAACAGCUGAAAGAGGAGAUGAAGCUACUGUCGCGGCAGACAGGUAGCCCCUUUCAUCACAAGGUGUCGAGCAGGAAGCCGCUGUCUUCCUUCCCCUGGCGCCGGUGUCUGAACUGGGCCCAGGAGAAAGCUCCACUCGUCACCACCUGCCUCCGCUCGCUGUUCCCUGACCUCAACGCCCUCGCCAAGAGCAGCCACCUGCUGUCGGAGGAGCAGGCGCAGACACUUCUGGAGCGCCGCGCUGUGGUGGCGCUCUCCAUCCCACUUUUCACUCGGAACAUCUGGAAGAACAACUUCCUGCAGGCUGCUCUGGGGGCGGAGCUCCGUCUGCAGGGCUGCUCCGGCGCCGCUCUCGAUGCCCUCAACACCAUGGGACUGUGUCAAAACAAGGACACGGUCAGGCUACUGCUGCACAGGCUCCGGAACGGCAAGAAGACAUCAACACAAAAUGGACGACAAAGGACGAGGUUGAUGCAAGAACAGAUGAAAGGUGAACAGAUGUCAGAUGUGGAGGAAGACGAUAUCGAAGAGGAGGAGGAGGAGGAAGAGGAGGAUGAAGAAGAAGAGGAUGAUGAUGAUGAGGAGGAGGAGGAGGAGGAGGCGGAGGAAGAAGAAGUGGAAGAGGAGGCGGAACUAGAAUUGGCAGUGGAGCAGGAAGAGGUGCCGGAUGGAGUGCCACAGGAAGAGGGGGAGGGGGAGGAGGAGGAUCAAGCAGCAGAGGAAAAAGAGGAGAAGAAGAGGAGGAGGAGGAAGAAGGCGAAGAAGCAGAGGAAGGAAGAGAAGAGGAAGGAGAGAGGCAAACGAAAGGCAAAGCAGAGAGAGGAGGAGGAUGAGGAGGAUGAAGAUGAAGAUGAAGCGUCGGAGCAGAAGAAGAAGAGGAGGGUGGUGGUGGUGAGGCUCGGCCUGCUGAAGGGACAUUCAGAGGUUGGACGAUCCGACCUAUCAGCUCCCUAAGACUUUGUAGGCCCCACCCAUGAACUCAACAUGCCACACCCACAACCAGACAGCACGAGAGGCUCCGCCCUCACCUCUAUUCAUUUUCUUUAUUUCAUCGUUAAGUUAAACUCAACCAUAUUACAAAACAUCUUCAUCCUCAAAAUUAUGAUUCAGUGUUUUGACUGUUGCCUGAACAACUCGAUAGAUUGAGUCUGAACCAUCAACCGAGGACAAAUUAUAAUAACAUAAUAGCUUUGGUUUAAAUAAAUUAUAGUUUUUAACAUUUUGUUCAACUAUUUGUAAACUCAGCCAAUCAAUUAUCUCUUUGUAUCAUUUCCUGGUUUCCUAAAAGCAGUACUUUUAUUUUCAAUAAUGUUUCCUGGUUGUGUUUUCCUUUGAUUUAAAGCCUCUGGUGGGGGAACACGGCUCCACUUGAAGAGUAAGUGUAAAAAGUAUGAGGGGGUUAAUCCCCCCCCCGGCUUAUCGUCAUGGAGACUGAAUUCACUUUGAGUAAAGCCACCAGCCACUGAUGAGUCUGUAAAUGUUCAAAUAUCUGUUCAGAAGUGAUCUUCCAGAUGUUUCUCCAGCUGCUGGAUGAUUCAAGUUAUGGGGAAGUAAAAACUGUUUUGUUUUCUAAUCCUUAUUCAGGUGGAUUUUUCUUUUUUUUAUUACCGAUGAGAGCAGCUCUCUCAGUUCAGAGUUCGACUCUGAUGUGAAGUAAAGGAGCAGCAACUGUUUUCUGGUGGAUUCUGAACACUGGAAGCCUCAGACUGUUUGUGAUCACAUUCUGAAGUUGUGUGUUUCUUGUUUGAAAAGUUUCUGAGCUGAGUCGAUGUACAGACGAGUUAAAGACCUGAGAUUUAUACUUUUAUUUUUAUGUUUACUGUUCGUGAACUGAACAGAUUCAAAGCUUCCGAACCAGUUUGAAUCCGACUGUAAAUAAAGAUGGACGACAUGUCAGCUCCCCACAAGUCAAGCCAAAGCGUCUGGAUCAACGGAAGUACAGGUCAUAAACCCCGCCUCCUCCAUGUUAGCGGAUGGGACACGGAUCAAACUAACAAGUCAAUGUACACGUUGAAUAAAAUUUUCUGAAAUGUG